AUGCCCACAACGACUGAGGCCGUCCGUGGCACGGGUGAUAUCUCCCGGAUCGAGGCCCCUAUCACUUGGAAGGCCUAUGUUAUUUGUGUCUCUGCUGCCUUCGGCGGUGUCUUCUUCGGCUAUGACAUUGGCUGGAUGUCUGGUGUGCUCGGCAUGCCCUAUGUUAUCCAACAGUACACCGGUCUCGAGUAUGACUUCAACGCGGGGGCGCCUGUCGAUGCGUCCCGUCCGUUCACGGUUCCUUCCUCCGACAAGUCCCUCAUGACCUCGAUUCUGUCGCUUGGGACGUUCCUCGGAUCACUAAUUGCCGGUGAUCUAGCUGAUUUCUGGGGCCGCCGUAUCACUAUCCUCCUUGGAUGUGCAAUCUUCAGCUGUGGCGUUGUCUUGCAGACCACGAGCAGUGGACAGUUGGCUGUGAUGACACUAGGUCGUUUUGUUGCCGGCCUAGGAGUUGGGUUUGAAUCUGCUGUGAUCAUCCUAUACAUGUCGGAGGUUGCACCACGCAAGAUUCGCGGUGCUAUCGUGUCGGCUUAUCAGUUUUCUAUCACCAUUGGGUUAUUGCUCGCAAACUGUGUUGUAUAUGCCACUCAGGAGAGAAACGACACUUCGUCUUACCGCAUCCCCAUUGCUGUCCAGUUCCUGUGGGCUCUUAUGCUUGGGGGUGCUUUGUUCUUGUUGCCGGAAUCCCCCCGGUACUUCGUAAAGAAAGGAAAGAUCGAGCAAGCCACCAAAGCCCUCAGCUGCAUCCGCGAACAGCCCGCCGACUCAGAUUACAUCCGUGACGAACUUGCCGAAAUCAUCGCAAACCACGAAUACGAGUCCCUCGUCACCCCGGACUCGGGCUACAUCGGCUCGUGGCUUGUCUGCUUCAAGGGCCCGAUCACAAAGCCCAGCUCGAAUAUCCGUCGGACCAUCGUCGGCGCCGGCGUCCAAGCAAUGCAACAACUCACCGGCAUGAACUUCAUCUUCUACUACGGCACCACCUUCUUCCAACAACUCGGCACAAUCUCCAACCCGUUCCUCAUUUCCCUAAUCACAACCCUCGUCAACGUCGUCUCCACCCCGCUCGCAUUCUGGACAAUCGAGCGUUUCGGUCGCCGCCCACUCCUGCUAUACGGCGGCCUCGCCAUGUUCCUAAUGCAAUACAUCAUCGGCGCCGUCGGCACCGCGCAACCAGACAACGAAAACGCAGUCAAGGGCAUGAUCACCGUAAUCUGCUUCCAGAUCUUCUUCUUCGCGACGACCUGGGGCCCCGCAGCAUGGGUCGUCGUCGGGGAGACUUUCUCGCUCCCGAUCCGCUCGCGCGGUGUAGCCAUCUCCACUGCGUCAUGUUGGUUCUGGAACUGUGUUCUUGCGGUCAUUGCGCCUUAUAUGACUGGUGAUGAGGAGGGGGCUGUGAAUCUAGGACCGAAAGUUUUCUUUUUCUGGGGGUCGCUCUGUUUCCUGGGCACGGUAUUUGCAUAUUUCCUGGUUCCGGAGAUGAAGGGGCUGUCACUGGAGCAGGUGGAUCGGAUGCUUGAGGAGACGUCGCCGAGGAAGAGUGCUGGAUGGGUGCCGAGUACGACGUUUGUGCAGGAGAUGGGGCAUGUUGAUAAGGCGGUUGUCGUUCAUGCGGAGGAUGAUAAGCAGGCGGUUUAG